UCCAAACAGUGAGUCUUGAGCUGGAGAGCAGCGUUUACCGGCGGGGCGGCCGGUGAGAGGGCUGACUGUGCUGCGGCUUUGAGGAGGCUUGGCGAGGACGUGGGACGAGCCGCGUGAGGGGAGAGGGCUUGGCUGGUAGGAAUUCGAUGAGGUUUUGUGAAUGAAGCAAUGGCUACAGAUUCCCCCAGAAGACCCAGUCGUUGUACUGGUGGAGUCGUGGUUCGCCCUCAGGCUGUCACGGAGCAGUCCUACAUGGAAAGUGUCGUGACUUUUCUGCAGGAUGUUGUGCCCCAGGCUUACAGUGGAACACCUCUAACAGAAGAAAAGGAGAAAAUAGUCUGGGUCAGAUUUGAAAAUGCAGAUUUAAAUGAUACAUCAAGAAAUCUGGAAUUUCAUGAAAUACAUAGCACAGGGAAUGAGCCACCUUUGCUGAUUAUGAUUGGCUACAGUGAUGGAAUGCAGGUCUGGAGCAUCCCUAUCAGUGGGGAAGCACAGGAGCUUUUUUCUGUUCGACAUGGCCCAAUUCGAGCAGCUAGAAUCUUGCCUGCCCCACAGUUUGGUGCUCAAAAGUGUGACAACUUUGCUGAAAAAAGGCCCCUCCUUGGUGUUUGUAAGAGCGCUGGAUCUUCUGGCACAAGUCCACCUUACUGUUGUGUGGAUUUAUAUUCACUUCGUACUGGGGAGAUGGUCAAGUCCAUUCAGUUUAAAACACCUAUCUAUGAUCUCCAUUGCAACAAAAGGAUCCUUGUCGUAGUAUUGCAGGAGAAAAUUGCUGCCUUUGAUAGCUGUACUUUCACAAAAAAAUUUUUUGUCACAAGCUGCUACCCUUGCCCCGGGCCCAACAUGAAUCCUAUUGCUCUUGGGAGCCGCUGGCUUGCUUAUGCAGAAAACAAGUUGAUUCGAUGUCAUCAGUCCCGUGGUGGAGCCUGUGGAGACAACAUUCAGUCUUAUACUGCCACAGUCAUUAGUGCUGCUAAAACAUUAAAAACUGGCCUGACAAUGGUUGGGAAGGUGGUGACUCAGCUGACAGGCACGCUGCCUUCAGGUGUGACAGAAGAUGAUGUUGCCAUCCAUAGUAAUUCAAGGCGGAGUCCUCUGGUCCCAGGCAUCAUCACAGUAAUCGACACUGAGACAGUUGGAGAGGGCCAGGUGCUUGUGAGUGAGGAUUCUGACAGUGAUGGCAUCGUGGCCCAUUUCCCUGCUCAUGAAAAACCAGUGUGCUGUAUGGCUUUUAACACAAGCGGAAUGCUUCUAGUCACAACAGAUACCCUUGGCCAUGACUUCCAUGUCUUCCAAAUUUUGACUCAUCCUUGGUCCUCAUCACAAAGUGCUGUCCAUCAUCUGUAUACUCUUCACAGGGGAGAAACUGAAGCCAAAGUACAAGACAUAUGCUUCAGCCAUGACUGUCGCUGGGUUGUGGUCAGUACGCUCCGGGGGACUUCCCACGUUUUCCCAAUCAACCCUUAUGGUGGCCAGCCUUGUGUUCGAACACAUAUGUCACCACGAGUGGUAAAUCGUAUGAGCCGUUUCCAGAAGAGUGCUGGGCUGGAAGAGAUUGAACAGGAACUGACAUCUAAGCAAGGAGGUCGCUGUAGCCCUGUUCCAGGUCUAUCCAGCAGCCCUUCUGGAUCUCCUCUGCACGCUUCAAUCAACACCUUGUUCCUGCGUCUGAAUUGUUUUCCGCUUAUUUCUUCAGGGAAACUCAACAGCCAAGACUCCUACAAUAAUUUUGCCAACAACAACCCUGGCAACCCCCGGCUUUCUCCUCUCCCCAGCCUGAUGGUGUUGAUGCCUCUUGCACAAAUCAAGCAGCCAAUGACACUGGGGACCAUCACCAAACGAACAGGGCCUUAUCUGUUUGGAGCGGGGUGUUUUUCCAUAAAAGCUCCAUGCAAAGUUAAACCACCUCCACAAAUUUCACCCAGCAAAUCAAUGGGCGGAGAAUUUUGCGUGGCUGCGACGUUUGGGACAUCCCGAUCGUGGUUUGCAAAUAAUGCAGGUCUGAAAAGAGAAAAAGAUCAGUCCAAACAAGUUGUAGUUGAAUCCCUCUACAUUAUUAGCUGCUACGGGACCUUAGUGGAGCACAUGAUGGAGCCAAGACCGCUUAGCACUGCACCCAAGAUCAGCGAUGACACCCCGCUGGAAAUGAUGACAUCUCCCCGAGCCAGCUGGACUCUAGUUAGAACUCCUCAAUGGAAUGAAUUGCAACCACCAUUUAACGCAAACCACCCUCUGCUCCUCGCCGCAGAUGCAGUACAGUAUUAUCAGUUCCUGCUUGCUGGUCUGGUUCCCCCUGGAAGUCCUGGGCCCAUUACUCGGCAUGGGUCCUAUGACAGUUUAGCUUCUGACCAAAGUGGACAGGAAGAUGAAGAGUGGCUGUCUCAGGUAGAAAUUGUAACGCACACUGGACCCCAUAGACGUCUGUGGAUGGGUCCACAGUUCCAGUUCAAAACCAUCCAUCCCUCAGGCCAAACCACAGUCAUAUCAUCCAGUUCAUCUGUGUUGCAGUCUCAUGGUCCAAGUGAUACUCCACAGCCCCUUUCGGAUUUUGAUACAGAUGAUCUUGAUCUCAACAGUCUCAGGAUCCAGCCAGUCCGCUCUGACCCAGUCAGCAUGCCAGGGUCAUCCCGUCCAGUGUCUGAUCGAAGGGGAAUUUCCACCGUGAUUGAUGCUGCCUCAGGUACCUUCGACCGGAGCGUGACCCUGCUGGAGGUGUGUGGGAGCUGGCCGGAGGGCUUCGGGCUACGGCACAUGGCCUCCAUGGAGCACACGGAGGAGGGCCUGCGGGAGCGGCUGGCCGAUGCCAUGGCCGAGUCACCGAGCCGGGACGUGGUGGGAUCCGGAACAGAACUGCAGCGAGAGGGCAGCAUCGAGACUCUGAGUAACAGCUCAGGUUCCACCAGCGGCAGCAUCCCGAGAAACUUCGACGGCUACCGAUCUCCACUGCCCACCAAUGAGAGUCAGCCCCUCAGCCUCUUCCCUACCAGCUUCCCGUAGCUACCAGCAACCUGCUUCUGACUGGCUGGCCCACUCACCUGCUGGAGGGAGGGGAGAAGUCCCCCCUCUGGUCCUGCCCUUCGGACUCUGCUCGUCUUUUACCAACCACCUUCCCCAAGCUUCGUGACAAAAGCCGCCCACCCUCCCCGGAUUGAGAAGAGACCCUUCUCCAAAGCGCCUCGGCUCACUAUGACCUCUGCCCCCAUCAACGGGGCCGUGGCUGAGAGAGACUCUGCAGAAGCUCCGUCCCCUCCUCCGUUUGCACACGAUGUCCUGCAUUGGACCCGCUUUUGUAUUUUCUAACCACACCCUUGGGGGGCCUGGGUGGGGCGAGGGCGGGUGGUCCGGCGGGCACUUCGGCCCUGAGCGACGGCCCCAGCUCCCUCCUGGCUUUGGCACACGCUGCCCAGCUUCCCUUGGCCAACCUCCUUCUGGCGUUGAACUGAGGCCCAGAGUAUUAGGGAAGGAGGAAGGAAGAAGAAACCCCCCCUUCCUCUUUUCUUUCCCCUUUGGCUCAUGGAAAGGAUUUGUCUUUCUUGUCUGUAAGCCCUUUUACCCUGGUCCUGUACUGUUCAGUGAAGGAAACCCUGGUUACUGAGGCCCUGUCAAAAAGUGCACGUCUUGUUCAAUAAAUCACGCUGCAGUGGGUGUCCAUCCCUG